AUGGACUUCAAAUUCUUCGAACUCACCAAAUUCCCCAGAGGAGAGAACGUGUGCGCCGACGCCCUCGCUGCCUUGAGUAGCAGGCUGCGCGAUCAGGUGAAACGGACCAUUCCCAUCCACAAGAUCGACAAGCCAAGCAUCGAGCUCCCGCCUAGCGAAGUGACCGUCGUAGCACCCAUAACCGAAGCCAUCCCCAUGGACGAGGACCCCGCAGCAGAACAAAUUGAAGCUACCGACUGGAGGACAGAAUUCAUCAACUAUCUGGUCGUCGGAAAGUUACCUCCCGAGAAAUGGAUUGCAAGAUGGCUCAAGACAAGGAGUGCCCACUACGUCGUCUUGGAUGGGGAACUCCAUCGAUGGACCGCAACCAAGGUGCUUCUGAAGUGCAUCAACAACGAGGAGACGCACCUUGUCAUGGCCGAAACGCAUGAAGCCGCCGCAGGAAAUCACUCCGGAGGUCGAGCACUCGCGUUAAAAGUCAAAAGCCUCGCCUUUUAUUGGCCAACAAUGAAUGCAGACUGCGAAGCUUACGCCCAACGAUGCGACCAAUGCCAACGACAUGCCUCGAUAAUCCACUCCCCGACGCAGUUGCUGCGAACGAUGACUGCUCCAUACCCUUUUAUGCGAUGGGGAAUGGACAUAAUCGGCCCUAUGCCAAGCUCUCGACAGAAGCGUUUUGUCCUAGUUUUGACAGAUUACUUCGCAAAAUGGAUUGAGGCGGAAGCCUUCGCUAGCAUAACAGAAAAAGAGUUUCGAGAAUUCUGCGAGAGAUGGAGAAUCCGACUCAACACAGCGAGUCCGCGAUACCCGCAGAGCAACGGUCAAGCCGAGGCAUCCAACAAGAUCAUAAUCGACGGUUUGAAGAAAUGCCUCGACUUGAAAAAAGGAUGUUGGGCCGAUGAACUCGACGGCGUUCUCUGGUCACAUAGAACAACUCCUCGAGGAGCAACAAAAUCAACUCCUUUCUCAAUGGUACACAGAGUCGAAGCUAUGGCCCCCGCCGAAGUGAACGUAACCAAUCUACGAUGGUCAAGAAUGCCGCAGAACAUUGAACUCAACAGCGACAUGUUCUUCGACGCUCUGGACGCUAUAGAAGAGCGCCGCGACCAAGCCCUGCUCCGCAUCCAGAAUUAUCAACAUCAGAUCGAAAGGUACUACAACAAGAAGGUUUUAGUGAUUACUUUAAGAUCGGAUUACUUUAAGAUCGAAAGGUACUACAACCUAACAUUUUUAGGGAUUACUUUAAGAUCGAAUGAGAACCGCUGUCGCUCGAAACUAUAA